UUCCGUUGACGUUGCGGUCUCCUUCCUCCGACAUUAGUGAGCGCAGAGCUCUCCUCGGUCUCUACGAGCGGCCGGCUGCGGAGGACAGAGGCGCCAUUUUGAGUCGACCUUAACAACUACCUUCAAUAUGUAUCCCACCACAUUAACGCAGCUCGCCCGGGCGAACCCCUUCAGCGCCCCCCUCUUCACCCUGCAGAAAGUGGAGGAGCCCUCACAGACAGUCUCCACUAAAGCACAGAGCCGCAGACUCGCUGCAGCUUCUACAGCCGACACAGGUGAUAGCUGUGAGUUUGGCUCUAUGAAAUACUACGCCCUCUGUGGCUUUGGGGGCAUCCUGAGCUGCGGUAUCACUCACACAGCUGUAGUGCCCCUGGACUUGGUCAAGUGUCGACUGCAGGUGGACCCAGCUAAGUACAAGAGCAUCUUUACUGGAUUCUCAGUCACAAUCAAAGAGGAUGGUGUGCGAGGCCUGGCUAAAGGUUGGGCACCCACUUUCAUCGGCUACUCCAUGCAGGGUCUCUGCAAGUUCGGAUUCUAUGAGGUGUUCAAGAUAUUGUACAGCGAUAUGCUUGGAGAGGAAAAUACCUACAUGUGGAGAACCUCUCUGUACCUGGCAGCAUCUGCAAGUGCUGAGUUCUUUGCUGAUAUAGCUCUGGCCCCUAUGGAGGCGUGUAAAGUGCGCAUCCAGACCCAGCCAGGUUAUGCCAACACCCUGAGGGAGUGUGCCCCCAAGAUGUAUGCUGAGGAGGGUCUCUGGGCAUUCUACAAGGGUGUUGUCCCUCUGUGGAUGAGGCAGAUCCCUUACACUAUGAUGAAGUUUGCCUGUUUCGAGCGCACAGUUGAAUUGCUAUACAAGUAUGUGGUGCCCAAACCCCGCAGUGAGUGCAGCAAGCCUGAACAGCUUUUGGUCACCUUUGUAGCUGGUUACAUUGCUGGUGUGUUCUGCGCCAUUGUGUCCCACCCUGCUGACUCUGUGGUGUCUGUGCUGAACAAGGAGAAGGGAAGCACAGCAGCUCAAGUACUCAAGAGGCUUGGACCCAUGGGUGUGUGGAAGGGUCUGGUUGCCCGUAUCAUCAUGAUUGGUACUCUGACUGCCCUGCAGUGGUUCAUCUACGACUCUGUCAAGGUCUACUUCCGCCUGCCCCGUCCCCCUCCCCCCGAGAUGCCAGAGUCUCUGAAGAAGAAGCUGGGUCUCAGCGAGUAGAGAUCAUCUCUGCUCACCCUUCCCAUCCCUUAAUAGCAAACUUCCCUCCUGUUUUCUAUAUUUAAACUCUCACGGCUGCCCUGUUGCUCACCUGGCUGCUGCUCGUCUCUUCCAUCUGUGUGGUGAGAGGAGCUUCCAGUGGAAGUUCAGUUAAACUAUGACGUGAAUGAAUGCCACCUGGUUUUAAGUAUGUUUGUCAAUAGAAUGAUUAAAAGAUCAUGUGGAAAUAUG